GGCUCGGGUCCGCGGCCGCUGCGGCGCCGGGCAUUUCUCCGCAGCUCGGCUCGCGGCCGCGCCCGCCCGGCCCGCGCCCAUGCAGGCCAUCAAGUGCGUGGUGGUCGGCGACGGCGCCGUGGGGAAGACCUGCUUGCUGAUCAGUUACACGACCAACGCCUUCCCUGGAGAAUACAUCCCCACCGUUUUUGACAACUAUUCUGCGAAUGUGAUGGUGGACGGGAAGCCUGUCAACCUGGGGCUGUGGGACACCGCUGGGCAGGAGGACUACGACCGGCUUCGGCCACUCUCCUACCCCCAAACUGACGUUUUUCUGAUCUGCUUCUCCCUGGUGAGCCCAGCCUCCUUUGAGAAUGUUCGAGCCAAGUGGUACCCAGAGGUUCGGCACCACUGCCCCCACACGCCCAUCCUCCUGGUGGGCACCAAGCUGGACCUUCGUGACGACAAGGACACCAUUGAGCGGCUACGGGAUAAGAAGCUAGCGCCCAUCACUUACCCCCAGGGCCUGGCCAUGGCCCGGGAGAUCGGUGAGCUCUGUCAAGUACCUGGAGUGCUCAGCCCUGACCCAGCGGGGCCUGAAGACUGUGUUUGAUGAGGCCAUCCGGGCUGUGCUCUGCCCGCCUCCUGUGAAGAAGCCAGGGAAGAAGUGCACGGUCUUCUAGAGCCCUCACUUCUGGAGGAGCAGCCCCCAGCCCCCCGCACCUGUAUCUGUUGUGUUGAGAUGUCUGGUGUCCCUGAGUCUGCUGUGGGGAAGUCGUGUGGGUGGGGAGGGGGAAGAAUCAUGGGGACGAGGCUGGUGCUCCCGGGGUGGUGCUGGGGCCAUGGGGUCCUGUCCACUCUGCCUUCUGUACCUGGGGGUACAGCUCCAGCCUUCCCUGGCCCCCAGGGAGUCCGGAAGGGAGCAGGGUCUCCCUCAGGCUGCAGGGGCAGGUCCAGGGCAGCCCCAGGAUGGGCUUCCCUGAUGGGGGAGUUUGUGGGGUGGGUUCUGUCCUUGUGCCCCAGGAUGGGGCAGCCCCUUUUUAUUUUAUACAAUAAACGUUCUUCAUCAUC